AUGGAACAUGGUCACAGAAAACUGAUCCCAGAGUUAUGCGAGUUGAUAUGUCAUGGAAUAAACUCUGUAUCUAAAUGUUCAUUGAACAAUGAUUGCGCUAAUUGCUUCAAAAACUGCCUCAAAACCAAUCCUCAAUACCCUUAUUACUAUUAUCCUCCACCACCACCACAAGAAUUUCCUUUCUACUCCUCAUCAAAUCAAAACCAGCACAAAAUCACCAAUUACUUCAUCAUCAUUCUUUCUCUUCUUGCUCUUAUUUUCUUACUUGUUUGUAUUCGUGCAAUUUAUGUGAAUUGUAGUUCAAGAAGAAGAAGGUUUAGGUCAAGUGCAGUGGCAAGGACAAGAACACCACCACCACCAUCAUCAUCAUUAUCAGCAAGGCUUCAACAAAUCCAGGUGAUGAAUUUUGAUGAUGAACAACAUAAUGAAUCUGUUGUGGAUCAUCCAAUUUGGUAUAUUCGAACUCAAGGUCUUCAUGAAUCAGUUAUAAAUGCAAUUAGUGUUUGUAAGUAUAAGAAAGGUGAAGGUUUGAUUGAAGGAACUGAAUGUUCUGUUUGUUUGAGUGAGUUUGAACAAGAUGAGAGUCUCAGACUUUUACCUAAGUGUCAUCAUGCUUUUCAUUUACCUUGUAUUGAUACGUGGCUUACUUCUCAUACUAAUUGUCCUAUGUGUAGAGCUCCUAUUCUUAAUACUAACCCUACAAUUCCAAGGGUUGAAUCUUUAGAAUCUAUUGUUGUUGAUUCUCAUGCACAAAUUGAGGUUUCUGAUGAAAAUAGUGCUGAAACUCAAUCCAAUUUAGGGUUUGAAAAUAGGGUUUUUGAUUCUGAAUUGAGGAAUGGGGCUGCAGAAGAAGAAGAUGAAGGAGGGCAAUUGGAGGUAUGUGAAAAUGGAAGACCAGAUGUCGAUGCGGUUAGCGGUAGUAUUAGUAAUCGGCCUAGGAGAUCGGUUUCUAUGGACGAUUCUUUUGUUGCAGGUAUCAAUAAUGUUCUUGCAAUUGUUGUAUCAAAAGAAUGUAAUGGUAAUGAAGAUAGUGUUUUGAAGGUUAAUGGAAGUGAGAAUUUGGCAACUACAUCUAAAGGUAGUAAUAGUACUAGUUUUUCUUUUAGGUCAGCAAGAUAUUUGCAGGGUAUUCCUAGUCCAAUGAAGAGAUCAAGUUCAUACAAUGGGAAAUUUCUUCUAUCCUGGUAUAGCCGCAAUCAGAAAAAGCCAAAUGCUAUUCUGAGAAGCUUUUGA